CUUAAGCCGGCACAUAUUUUACAGGCUUAAUAGAAAAAUGCCUUCAAAGAGGCUUCAAUGGAAAUCCUUUGUACUUGGCUGUUUCAAGACCAAGCACACAUCCUUGGAAACCUCAAAAAUAGUUCCCAAAAAGUCAUCUUCAACUAGAAUCUCCCUCUCUGAUUUAAGCGAUUCUUCAUCACUCUCUAUCAUGAGUGAUUUAUCCAAUUCUCUUGUGGGGUCAAAUCUUCAUAUUUUCACUUACCAGGAGCUAAAAGAGAUUACACACAACUUCAGCAAAUCCAACGUUCUUGGGGAAGGUGGAUUUGGGAAGGUGUAUAAAGGGUUUAUUGAUGACAAGUUUCCCAGAUUGUCACCUCAGGUUGUAGCAGUUAAGGCCUUAAACUUGGAUGGAAAACAAGGCCACAGAGAGUGGUUGGCUGAAGUAAUAUUUCUGGGGCAGUUGAAGCAUCGCCAUCUGGUCAACUUAAUUGGUUACUGCUGUGAAGAUGAGCAUAGACUUCUUGUGUACGAAUACAUGGAACGGGGCAAUCUAGAGGAAAAGCUUUUUAAAGGUUAUUUGGCAACCUUGCCUUGGCUAACAAGAAUCAAAAUAGCAAUUGGUGCUGCAAAGGGACUUUCUUUCCUUCACGAAGAAGAGAAACCAGUCAUAUAUAGAGAUGUUAAAGCCUCAAACAUUCUAUUGGACGCUGAUUACAAUGCUAAGCUCUCAGAUUUCGGUUUAGCAAUAGAUGGACCACAAAAUGAUCAAACACAUAUUACAGCUAGUGUGAUGGGUACCCGUGGUUAUGCUGCUCCUGAGUAUAUCAUGUCAGGCCAUUUGACAACCAUGAGCGAUGUGUAUAGCUAUGGAGUUGUUCUCUUAGAGCUACUCACAGGAAGGAAGUCCGUGGACAAAAAAAGACCCACCAGAGAGCAAGAUUUGGUAGAAUGGGCAAGGCCUCUAUUGAAAGAUUACCAUAAACUUGAAAGAAUAAUUGACCCAAGACUUGAGGAUCAGUACUCAACUGAAGGGGCUAGAAAAGUAGCAACCUUGGCUUAUCAAUGUCUAAGCCAACAUGCAAAAUAUAGGCCCACCAUGAGGACUGUGGUUAAGACCUUAGAGCCUCUAAUGAAAUUGAAUGAUAUCCCAAUUGGCCAUUUUGUUUAUGUGGUACCCAGUGAGGUAACCAAUGAAGGCUCUCUCAAAGUGAAUGAAAAAGGACAAGAAAAUGACCAUGAUGGGGAGAAAACUAAAGAAGAAGAAGAAAAGGUGGAGAAAAAAGAGAAGGGUCACCACCGGCAUCGAAAAAGUCGUAGAAGUAGACGUCGUGUGAAGCCAUUGAAGUCUCGUGCUGUGUACUCUGACACUGCUCUGUAUAAGACUCUUGGUACGAGUUUGUACUCUCCCAAGCAAGAACCAGAAAAAGAUGAACGUGUGCCAAUAUUAGCAUGAUUGAUAUUCAAUUCUUCAAGAUGUAAUCAUAGCUAAAGAUAGGGAAUAAAGGGAAAUCCUAUUGUACAUCAUAAAGUUCCUAGUUUUAUUUUUUAUUUUUUAGGAGUUUGAUUUUGAUGUUUUCUUUUUGAAAUUCCAACAUGUUUUUAGGAAUGAUGUAACAUACACCUCAUUACACUCACAUA